UUAGCUUACUUAUCAGUUCACUUAAUCUGCUUACACAAAUGGCAGGAGGAGCAGGAAUAGUGAAGAGGAUGAAGUUGGGUUCACAAGGCCUCGAGGUGUCGGCUCAAGGCCUUGGCUGCAUGGGCAUGUCCGCCUUCUACGGCGCUCCAAAGCCCGACCAAGACAUGAUCAGUCUCAUCCACCAUGCCAUUAACAGCGGGGUCACCUUCCUUGAUACCUCUGACAUCUACGGUCCCUUCACCAACGAAAUCCUUCUUGGCAAGGCUCUCAAGGGAGGGGUACGAGACAAGGUUGAAUUGGCCACCAAGUUUGGUCUCAGAUUUGUGGAGAACAAGAUGGAGGUGGGGAAAAACAUGGAGGUGCAAGGUGACCCUGCUUAUGUGAGAGCUGCUCUCGAGAGUAGCUUGAAGCGCCUUGGUGUUGAUUCUAUUGAUCUCUAUUAUCAGCAUCGCAUUGACACCUCCGUCCCCGUUGAAGUCACGGUUGGGGAACUGAAGAAAUUAGUUGAAGAGGGUAAGGUAAAGUACAUUGGUCUAUCUGAGGCUUCAGCUUCAACGAUAAGAAGAGCCCAUGCUGUUCAUCCUAUAACAGCUGUGCAGUUGGAGUGGUCCUUGUGGUCAAGAGAUGUCGAGCAAGAAAUAAUUCCUACUUGUCGGGAGCUUGGAAUUGGCAUUGUUGCGUAUAGUCCUUUAGGAAGAGGAUUCUUCGCAUCAGGUGCUAAGUUUGUCGAAAACCUUGCCCACGGUGAUUCCCGAAAGAAUCUACCGAGGUUCCAACCCGAAAAUGUAGAGCACAACAAAACACUAUUCGAGCGAGUUAGUGAUCUUGCUGCAAGGAAAGGGUGCACACCAUCUCAGCUAGCAUUGGCCUGGGUUCAUCACCAAGGAAAUGAUGUGUGUCCUAUCCCCGGAACCACCAAGAUUGCGAACUUUGACCAGAAUAUCGCAGCUCUGUCUGUUAAACUGACACCGGAAGAGUUGGCUGAGCUUGAAUCUUAUGCUUCAGUAGAUGCCGUUAAAGGUGAAAGAUAUCCGAACUAUUAUAGCACUUGGUCGAACUCCGAAACUCCGCCACUGUCUUCGUCAAACUUCUAAAAAGCAUCAGGAACUAGUUGAGCGGUGGGCAGCAGGGAUCAGGAUCCUCUCCAUCUGCUCAGGAGAGGAUCCUGGUCCGGGCAGCAGCAUUGCACCUACUAUUCUAGGCAGGGGCCUAGUCGAGUUUUUUUUGUCUUAAUUAAAUAUAUCAUAUAACAAUAAAAACAUUACUCACAUAGUUCUACUUAAUAUAUAUAUAUAUAUAUAUAUAUAUAGAAAAUGUUAUAAAUAAGAUUUAUCAUGUAAUUGUUCACAUUCCAGAUCAAUAUGUAAUAUCUCAAUAGUUGAACACAUUUCUACGUAAA